GGUUGGCAUGAAUCAUCAUCAAGACUUGAAAGACUACAAAUCACUCAAAAACCAUGAAUAUCACCCCUAUACCCACUCUUAUGUCGCACGAUGAAGACAACUUCCAUCAGCGAGUCAGCGUCGCCAUACUCCUCUGCAUUAUAUCUUUUCUUGGUAUAGUAGGAAAUACGCUUACCAUCUUCUCUGUGAUUGUAUGCAGGAGGUUGCAGACAUUACCAAACGCAUUUGUCGUCAGUCUUAGCCUCAGUGACUUCCUCAAUUGUUCCAUUAACAUCCCUGUCCAAGUGAUAGCGCUGAUACUCCAAGACGAAGGAAGCGUUUUCCGUUUUGUCUGCAUGUCUUCAGCCAUUCUUAAUUAUUUACUGAUCACGUGCAGUGUAUCAAUGCUUGAUUUGAUCGCCAUAAAUCGUUAUAUACUGAUCACCAAGUCGCAUCGAAUAUACAACUUUCUAUAUAACAAAAGAAAUAUGGUGGUGGCGAUAGGUGGUGUUUGGUUCUCCUCUGCUGUAGUUCUAAUAACACUAGGACCAACCGGCGUUGUUGCUUAUGGUUUUCAAGAAAAUCUGUCACUGUGUCAACUUCGGGAAGAAAGUCGCGUCAUUGAUGUUAUCUGCGGCUUGCUCUUCGCUGGUUCGUUGAUAAUCAUCUCAUCGUGUUACACGAAGAUAUACAUCCAUGUAAGAAAACAUUUGCGCCAAGUGGCUCACAUUAGACUUGGUCCCAGCAGAGCCACACCGAGUACAACAGCUCAGACCAACUCAUCGGGGAAUAUCAGUAAUAUCAUACCAGUUGAAACGAUAAGUGGCCAGUCGCAUUGUACAGAGGCUUCUCCAAGACCCAAUGAAAAGGAGAACAGUUCUGUGGAUGAGACGGAGAAUCGGAUAACUAUAAAUAUGAUUAUCAUCGUGGUUUGUUUCUUUUCGUGCAUGUUACCUACAUUGGUCAUUGUCUUGUUACCGGGUACACAGUCUUCAGGUCUCUUUACAGUCUUCUUCUUAUACUCGGCAUCAUGUUGUAAUCCUAUCAUCUACGCUUGGAAGCAUCCUGUAUUCAGGAAGGUAUUCAAUUGCAUCUUCAAAAGGAAGUGGACUGAGAUUGAGGAGCCAUCACCGUGGUUACGGGCUAUGUUACCAAGAUGAUGAGGUUAAGGACAUUGACUUUGACCUGAAUAGCUGAUGAGAAGGUGCAAGUAUAAUUUCUUGGUGUGAUAUUCAUUGUCAGUAUAAUA